AGUGAGAAGAGUGGGAAGAGAGAGAGAGAGAGAGAGAGAGAGAGAGAGAGAGAGAUGUCGAAGAGAGGUCGCGGUGGAUCGGCGGGAAACAAGUUCCGCAUGUCGCUGGGUCUUCCGGUGGCGGCGACGGUGAACUGUGCCGACAACACCGGGGCGAAGAACCUCUACAUCAUUUCGGUGAAAGGUAUCAAAGGUCGGUUGAACCGUCUUCCAUCGGCUUGCGUCGGCGACAUGGUUAUGGCCACCGUGAAGAAGGGGAAGCCGGAUCUGAGGAAGAAGGUGUUGCCAGCAGUGAUCGUUCGGCAGCGCAAGCCUUGGCGCAGAAAGGACGGGGUUUAUAUGUACUUCGAAGAUAAUGCUGGUGUCAUUGUUAAUCCUAAGGGUGAAAUGAAAGGUUCGGCUAUCACUGGUCCAAUUGGAAAAGAGUGUGCUGAUCUGUGGCCCAGGAUUGCAAGUGCAGCCAACGCUAUAGUUUGAGUGCGAUUUCUAUUUAAUUCAUCUUUCUUUUCUUUUCUUUUUUUUAUCUGCUUGUAGGACUUCAAAUUUGACUCAGAUUUUGUUAAAGCUUGAAUUUGCACUGGAAGUGAUAGACAUUUUACAUUUGCGAAACUUAUCUGGAAGAAGUUUUUUGAAGAGAUGAGAUUUAUUGGUAGUUUAGAAUUGUUGUUUCUUAUCUCUCUCUAAAUUGUUAUGCAAUCCUGCUUUAUCAGUUUGUAUAACUUCUUGUUUGAGAACCAACAUAUAUCCAUGUUUUUCAUAAGCAUUAAAGAUAGCGAGUCAACUUACCUCGAUAACCCUGGUGUGUUUGUAAUUUUCUAUAAACAAAUAUAACAAUUCAUUCAUAGUUGCUGGUACCCCUACCACCCUAAACUUGUUCACCUCUCACACUUCUUACUGCCGUUAGCGUCACCGCUAAGAUUAUAUUCUCUUUCCUACCCACCCCCGUCAAUGAUAAGUGCUAUCAUCUAGAUUUAUAUUUGGAAUGACAUCAAAUUUGCUCGUGAAUCAAUUUCAACUGCACAGGUUAUAGUUUUCACGUAGUCUUCUGUUCCUUUUUCAUCAACAUAUUCUGUCUGACACUGUCGAUGUUAAGGGCAUCUGUGCAUGUUUGGAUUCACUCACUUUUUAGGGUUCUUAAAAAUCACCAAAUUAUAUUUUUAUUGAGAGUUAUUCUGAGGGUAAAGUGGCGUAUAAAUCAUAUUAUAUUCGUUUAAUACCAACUUUUACUUAAUUGAAUGGUUUUAUACUUUUUACGUCUCAGUAAUUGGUGCACAUUAUGUAAUGUAGAGUAUGUUCAAUAUUGCGAGGUUAGGAACUGGUAGUCUUGAACGUAGGUAUGACUAAGACAGGUAGUUUGCAGUAAAAAAGCCUUUAAGAAAUUUGAAAUCGGAAUGAUACUCGAUUCAAUUAAUUAAAUCGAUUAUGCAAAAUGUGUUUGUAAUAACUUAAUAUUAAUAAAUUAGGCUUAAUUAUGUAUUUGGUUUCUAUAAAUAUAGGUCUUUUUGUGAUUAGUUUUUAUAAAUAUUUUUGUGAGAAAGUGGUUUCACCUUUAAUCACUCUUCCAUUAAGUGCUGAGCUAGUUAAUGGAGAGUUAGCUCAGCACUUGUGGUUAUUUUAAGGUCAGUUACGUCAAAUAAAUUUUUAAAUUUAUUUUGUAUAAUUGCAUACAGGUCUUUCUAAUUUUUUUUCUUUCUUUUCCGCAGUCAUUCUCUUUCCUUCUGAACUUUCGGUUGCUCAGUUUUCCUUUUUAUUCCAGUGUAGUUAGUUAGGUCAACACUUUCAACCAUUUAGUAUAAGUUAUGAUGAACUUGAAUGAAAAUUGUGUUAUGACAAUUCAUUUUAGGGGGAAAAGACAAUUGACUGUUGCCUAAGGUGGCUUGGUCUAGCGAGAAGACGAAUCAUAUGAGCACUAAUAGUAAGAACUGAUCCAGCUACCUAAUGGGGAAUAGCUUUAAUUGUUGUAUUAAAAACAAAUGAAAUUUUGGGGGAGAUUGAGGGUUUCGUACAGGAGGAGAGGAUAAGAUAUUAUCCUAAAGAAGAUUCCACAACUAAAAAUUGAGAAAAAACAAGGAAGAAAAUAUCGUAAAGUUCCCUUUAAAUUACUCACCAGCACAAAAAACAAAGGUCAAAUUAUUCUACAAAAGCAGUAAUGGCGAGAAAUUAUAGUUGAAGAUUCUGGCAUUUCUUUCCAACCAUAGUUACCAAAACAAAGCAAAGCAUAUACUACACACUGUCAAAGGAUGUUGCCAUCUUUACUCUCCACUAUGCCAUCUCUAUCUCCGAUGCUCUGCACUAUGACCUCCGCCUUUGGGAGAGAGAGAGAGUGCGCGAAUGAGGGUGUUGUACAUGAAGGUCCCGACACCUUCAUCCAAAUGCUUAGCAAUCCUACCUUCUUCCAGCUUCUCCUUCACCUUCGCCCUCAAAGGCGUCGCCAACUCUCGUCACUUGAGACCCGGGAUUCAGUUGCAUUCUCAAGCUCUGUGUCAUGGCUUUGAUACCCAUAUUUUUGUUGGGACAACUUUGAUCAGCAUGUAUGCUGAAUGUGGGUACUAUGAGUCUGCACAAUAGGUGUUUGAUGAAAUUUAUGAUCAAAAUGUUGCGUGGAAUGCUGUUGUUACCGCCGCUUUUAGGUGUGGUGACGUGGAAGGUGCGUGGGACGUGUUUAGACGGAUGCCGGUUUGGAAUUUGACCUCUUGGAAUGUGAUGCUUGCUGGUUAUGCUAAAGCAGGUGAGCUUGGAUUGGCAAGAAGAGGUUUUUUCUGACAUGCCUCUCAGAGAUGGUGUUUCUUGGAGCACUAUGAUUGUUGGGUUGAGGUACAUGGACUAUGCCGUCAUCCAUGUUUUUAUAACUGUGAAAGGUGGAGGGAGAGAAAGAAAGAAAGUAAAUUAGAAGGAUCUGUAUGUAAUUAUAUAAAAUAGGUUUAGAAGUUUAUUUAUAAAUUUUAAUUUAAAAAAAUAAUAAUAAAUAAUAAAUAUCAGGUAAGCUGAUUUU